GAGGCGGGAGCCUGCGAAUUCCGGCGCCGACGCCGCCGCUCCGCGCACGGGUCCGCUUCCCUCCCAUCCCUUCUGCGAGCGGGGUUUGCAGGGCAGCCGAACGAGCACGGAACGGAAAGCAAGAGCCUCACCGCCUCCGCUUGGGGAGUGGAACGGCGCGCCGGGAUCUUGAGGGGGAGCGACAGUGCCGUGCCCGAGGGCGGAGGGGGCGCGGAGUUUGUGAGAGGAGAAGGAACUGUAAGCCUCGCGGAGAAGGUGGGCACCUUGGGACGCCCUGUCCGCCACGGCCGGGGCCCUGCGGCGGGGUAAACUUCACGGCGGCCGUGCAAGCCGGCGAGAGGCGUGCGCGGGGAUGAGGCCGGGCAUCCUCCCCAGCUGGUGAGCGGCCCCGCCGUCCGUCCAGCCGCCCCGGAGGGCGCAAGGCAGCGCACGUGCGCGGGCAGCCAGACCCCGGAGAGACUGCGCCGUGACCCACCCAGGAGCCAGGGCGCCGGCUGCCGCGCGGCCCCGACUCGGACGCACCUGGCCCGGAGCUUGCGCCGCCGGGGACCUGCGCGGGAGCGUGGGGCUCCCCCCCUGCCCCCCCAGCGGCCCUCCCGGGGAUCGCCCCCUUCGCCUCCCCUCCAGCCUGGGCAACUGCGGGCGCCCCAGACGACCAUGAGAGAUACGGACUGAGGGCCAGGAAGGGGAAGCGAGCCCGCCGAGAGGUGGCGGGGCUCUUCACGCCCAAGGGCCACCGCGGCCGCGCUCCGGCCUCGCUCCGCCGCUCCACGCCUCGCGGGGCCCGCGGGGCCCGCCCGGCCCGGCGGGGAUGCUGGGGCGGAGGGCGCCGUGGCUGUGCUGGUGGUGGGGACUGCUCUGCGGCUGCUGCGGGCCCCCGCCCCUGCCCGCCGCCGGGGGCGCGCUGCUGGGGGACGGCGGGCGCCCCGGCCCCGCGGAGCAGCCGCCGCCGCCGCCGCCGCAGACCUCCUCCUCGGGCUUCCUCUACCGGAGGCUCAAGACGCACGAGAAGCGGGAGAUGCAGAAGGAGAUCCUCGCCGUGCUGGGCCUCCCGCACCGGCCCCGGCCCCUGCACGGCCUCCAGCAGCCGCAGCCCCCUGCGCUCCCGCCGCCCCCGCCGCUGCCGCCGCAGCAGCCUCGCGGGGAGCCCCCGCCCGGGCGGCUGAAGUCCGCGCCCCUCUUCAUGCUGGACCUGUACAACGCCCUGUCCGCCGCCGACGACGAGGACGGGGCUUCCGACGAGGAGAGGCGGCAGCCCGGGCCGCGCGGAGGGGCCGGCGCGUCCCAGCCCCGGCAGGCGGCCCUCGGCAGCAGGAGCGUCCUGGCGCCCGGACCCGGCGGCGGCGGCGGCGCGUCUCCACUGACCAGCGCGCAGGACAGCGCCUUCCUCAACGACGCCGACAUGGUCAUGAGCUUCGUGAACCUGGUGGAGUACGACAAGGAGUUCUCCCCUCGCCAGCGACACCACAAAGAGUUCAAGUUCAACCUAUCCCAGAUUCCUGAGGGUGAGGCGGUGACGGCUGCAGAGUUCCGAAUCUACAAGGACUGUGUUUUCGGGAGUUUUAAAAACCAAACUUUCCUUGUCGGCAUUUACCAAGUCUUACAGGAGCAGCAGCACAGAGACUCUGACCUGUUUCUGUUGGACACCCGCGCCGUGUGGGCCUCGGAAGAAGGCUGGCUGGAAUUUGACAUCACAGCCACCAGCAACCUGUGGGUCCUGACCCCGCAGCACAACAUGGGGCUACAGCUGAGCGUGGUCACGCGGGACGGGCUCGACAUCAGCCCCCGAGCCGCCGGCCUGGUGGGCAGGGACGGCCCCUACGACAAGCAGCCCUUCAUGGUGGCCUUCUUCAAGGCCAGCGAGGUCCACGUGCGCAGCACCCGGUCGGCCGCCGGCCGCCGGCGACAGCAGAGCCGCAACCGCUCCGCCCCGGCCCAGGACGUGUCGCGGGCCUCCAGCGCCUCAGAUUACAACAGCAGCGAACUGAAAACAGCCUGCAGGAAGCAUGAGCUCUACGUGAGCUUCCAAGACCUGGGGUGGCAGGACUGGAUCAUUGCACCCAAGGGUUACGCCGCCAACUACUGCGACGGAGAAUGCUCCUUCCCUCUCAACGCGCACAUGAACGCCACCAACCACGCCAUCGUGCAGACCCUGGUUCACCUUAUGAAUCCCGAGUACGUCCCCAAACCGUGCUGUGCACCCACGAAGCUGAACGCCAUCUCGGUGCUCUACUUCGACGACAGCUCCAACGUCAUCCUGAAGAAAUACAGGAACAUGGUCGUCAGAGCUUGUGGGUGCCACUGACUCGGGGCGAGCUGCCGCGCGCACACGCACCGCCUUGGGCUCCUGCGUCACAUC